AUGCAUAAAACCAAGUUACCACUGACACAUUUACAAGAAAUUACGCCCAUCAAUACUACUACUACUACUACUACUACUACUACUACUACUACUACUACUACUACUACCACUACUACUACUACUACCACUACUACUACUACUACUACUACUACUACUACUACUACUACUACUACUACCACUACUACUACUACUACCACUACUACUACUACCACUACUACUAACAUUAAUAAUAAUAAUAAUAAUAAUAAUAAUAAUAAUAAUAAUAAUAAUACGUUAGUUACUAGAUUCAUAAGCGUUGAAUCUCAACGAUGUUCGACGUGA